GGAAUAUACUUCUCAAAGUAAGGUCGCCCCUCACAGAAGGAACUGACGAAAGCACCUGCCGCACCACCAUGGCCCAAAUCAAGACCUGCCACUUCAAGCUCGUCCUAAUCGGGGACACCGCUGUCGGGAAGUCAUGUCUUGUCGUCCGAUUCGUUCGCGACGAGUUCUUUGAGUUCCAAGAACCGACAAUUGGAGCGGCGUUCUUGACCCAAACCGUCAGCAUGGACGAUGGGGUGACCGUCAAGUUUGAAAUCUGGGAUACUGCAGGCCAAGAACGAUACCGCAGCUUGGCACCGAUGUAUUACCGUGGCGCCGCAGCCGCGAUCGUCGUUUACGAUGUCACGAACAAGGACUCCUUCACUGGGGCGAUGUCGUGGGUUAAGGAAUUGCAGCGCCGAGGUGACCCCAACGUGAUUAUUGCCCUUGCGGGGAACAAGGCGGAUCUAGAAUCUCGCCGAACAGUCGAAUUCGAGGAAGCGCGUCAAUACGCGAAUGACAACGGCAUCUUGCACAUGGAGACAUCGGCGAAGACUGCCGCCAACGUCAAAGACUUGUUUGUCGCCAUCGCCGAAAAACUCCCAAAGAACCCGACACAGCCCGAACGCGAAGCGUUUCCCAUUACCGCUCCUCCUAGCCAAAAGCCAGCGCGGGGUGGAUGCUGCUAAGCGCAUGCUGCUCAAUGGCCCACAAGUCCAACGAAGUGUGCACGGGUCAAUUGCAUUGCCUUUUAUAUGUAGAAGAAGGUUCUUGCUUAACCCCUCGGUUGAAUGAGAAGGAUAUUUUAUUUCAAAUGAGAUUCAAAUGAAUCCAUCGCGUUCUCAAACUUAAUCGCGGCGUUUGUUGGAUUGAGCAAAAUGGAGCUUGGCGUCGUCGUCGAUGCCCACGGUGCGGUUGAUGCCAAACAAGCGGACGCCAUGCAGCUCGGGAAGCUUCGCCAAGAUUAGCACUAUCCACACCGGCACAUUGAUCAGCAACUGGGUGGUGUCGUAGUUGGAGUUGACACUCGCCCACAACAACAAGAGUGUCGGGACCACGAUCAGGAACUUCUUUAUCCAUGUCCACGGUCGCCCGUCGUCGAUUUGCUCGUAAAAUGUCAGCUCCCGGUACUGGCCGCCGAGACUAGACGGGUCUUCGUCUGGGGACCCUUUGAUCCAAUGCAUGGUCAAGAAGGAGAAAAACCCGUGCACAAUGUUGACGCUUGUCCACGCCCAGUCCACAGGUACGAUCGUAUGCACAACGAUGUAGAUGAUGAACAGGGUGAUCACAUAGAACCCCAUGAACCCAGGAGAGUCCAUCCAGUUGACGUUUCUGUUCAGGUUCGGCUCCAGCGGCGUCGCACUGCUCUCUCGUUGCAUGGCGUCGGUGAUGGAGGCAAGAUGAAAGUUUUGGAACGA